AUGCAUUUCAUUAUUUUAAUGUGCUCCCGACUUCUUUUUACACACUUUCCUCUGCGUGUGUCUCUGCAUGUGUGUGUGUUUUUUAUUUUAUUAUUUUGUUUUGCUUCUUUCUAUUCUCGAAUGCAUUUUUCGCUCGUACUUCUCAGCGUAUCGUCUGUACUCGUUUCAGAGUUGCUCCUCCUCCCCCCCUCUCUCCCUUUUUCCUUCCUUCCUUCCCUCCUUCCUUCCUUACGUUUUUACUUCAACUCCCUUUUUGCUUUUACGCCAAUUUUUGUUUAUUUUCCUCUUCCUAUUUUUUUUUCGUUUUUCUUCUUUUCCCUUUUUUAUAUUGUUGGGCCCCUUCCUGUUGCCACAGUGACUGUGGGACCCUCACCUCCUCUUUCUUCGUCUUCCCAUUUUUUUUUCUUAUUUAUUUUAUUAUGUAUUUGUACAUCAAAGAGAGCAUCGCGAAUCUUUUUUGAACAUGUUCCUUCCUUGCGUGUGUUGUCCGUGUGCCUGUACGAAUUUUUUUUUUUUCUAUCAGGUUUAGAAGUUUAA